CGCGACGGCGCGAGUCACUUCCUCCACCCGGGGCCGGCGCCCGGCUGCCUGUUGUGCUGUCAUCGUCGUCGUCGCAUCACGCCCCCGACCGAUCUGCUCCCCCAAACAACACGGACGCACACGCGCGCGCGCAGGGAAUCAAUCACGCACACGCGCACGCACCGCCACCCUUCCCGAAAAGUCUCCUCACCUCCCGGUCCCGGCCUCCCUUCCUCUCUCUCCCCCCCUCUCAAACAUCCCCGCGCCGAUGGAUCUCCGCCUCGCCCACUAGGCCUCCGGCGCGACCGAGGGUGGGCAGGGGGAUGGGGCUCCUCGGGCGGAGGACGUUGCUGCGGCUCCUCGCCCUCGCUUCCGCGGCCGUCGCCGUCGCCGUCACCGUGGAAGCCUACGAGGGCGACGCUGAUCCGCUCUACAGGCGAACCUUCGGGGUUACUCCGUUUUAGGCCUCGCUGGACAUCCCAGUGCUGUCCGUCUCGGUGCCUCUGGUGGUUUCAGCGAAGGCGAGCGGUUCCGGAAAGGAAUAAAAAUGGUGCUGUCUGUCUUCGCCUCUUGGCUACUGGCAUUGGGGGUGUAUAAGUUCUGAUUACGCUACAUGAUUCAGAGUUAUAUAUUAUCACCUUUUCAUGGUACGGUCCCAAAGGUUGAGCUAGCACAACUACCUCAUUUUCCCAUAUUUUUACCAGAGCUUGUGUGGAAGGAUGCCAAAAGACAGGCUCCCUGAAGGAGACUUCUAUUAAACAUUGUAUGGUGCCAACCGAUGGCCAACCUGUUGACAAGUCAUGGUACACGCAUGAGCCACUGUACUUGCAAUGGAAGGACUGGAACUGCAAGAGUGAAUGCAGAUACCACUGUAUGAUGGAAAGGGAGAAUGAAAGGGCAAAGCUUGGCCUCCAGCCUGUUAAGUAUCAUGGAAAAUGGCCUUUGAAGCGUGCCUCUGUGUUUCAGGAACCUUUAUCUGCAGCUCUCUCUGCGCUUACUCUUGUUGUGCAAUUUAAUGGGUGGCUAUCAUUUUUCCUCUUGCUUUAUUAUAAACUUCCUCUGCGGCCAGAAACUCACAAGACAUACUAUGAAUACACUGGCUUGUGGCACAUCUAUGGGCUCCUUGCCAUGAAUUCAUGGUUCUGGAGUGCCAUAUAUCACAGUUGUGACACAAUUUGGACAGAAAAACUAUAUUUUUCAUCAGAUGCUGCCUUUCUGGGGUAUUCCCUCAUUUUGGCGAUACUGCGGACUUUAAAUUUAAGAGACGAAGCAUCUAGAGUUAUGGUUGCCGCUCCUAUUCUAGCAUUUGUGACAACCCACAUUCUGUACCUCAACUUCUACGAACUUGACAAAGGCCUGAACAUGAAGGUUUGUACUGUGAUAAUCAUUGCUCAGUGUCUCCUAUGGGCACUGUGGGCUGUCAUGACUCGGCAUCCUUCACGGCUGAAGAUCAUAUUUGUUGCCAUCGGAGGUGCGGCUGCGGUACUUCUGGAAGCUUCUGACAUUCCUCCGCGAUGGGGAUAUGUGGAUGGCCGUGCUAUAUGCCUUGCUGUGGCUAUCCCCCUUUCGUACCUUUGGUGGAGCUUUGCCAAGGAAGAUGCGGAGAUGCGAACGUCAGCAAUCCUGAAGAAGGCACGUUAACAAGUCGCCUGUGUGAUAAUUUCAUGCCUGCGCCCAGCCAUUGUAAAGAUAAAAGUUUCACUUGUAAUCUUAGGUAACUACUAACUUAGCAUGUGAAUUACCGUCUUAUUUUUGUUCCACGAUGUUCUUGUCCCAGUUCAGAAGGCCAUGUUGUUUAAGGGGCCACUUCUAUUCUUUAAUUUAUACAGCAACUGCCACUUGGUAGGCUCGUGCUCAUCAACUAUAAUCUCAGAAGAUUGUUACCAUGGGUUAUCAGUGAGUGGCUAUCAUAAUAAUGUCUUUUUUU